AUCAUGCUAAAAAAAUCUAAACUCACUAUAACGACGAUGCCCCACGCUCUUUACUUGUUCUUGCUCAUUUCUAUACUUUCAACAGUCAAAAUCAGCAGCGGCUCCUUAGCGGCGUACACCGCCACCGAAUUAAUCCUCCUAAGCUGCGGCACUUCAACAAUCACAAACGACACCAGCUUCCGGAGUUGGGAUGGCGAUGAAGGUUCAAAAUACGUGCCAUCAAACGCCCCCUCUAUAUCCUCAGCUUCCGAUGCUUUCACUAUGGAACAUUCGGUUUCUCAAGUCCCUUACAAGAGUGCUCGUGUUUUCCACUCCCCUUUCAGGUAUUCUUUUCCCCUCACCGGAGGCCAGAAAUUCCUUCGCCUUUACUUUUACCCCUACCUUUAUUCAGACGUUGACACUCGUCAAUCUUUAUUCUCUGUCAAUGCAAAUUCCUUCACCCUGUUUAGUAACUUCAGUGCUUUCCUCUAUUCCGAGAAUUUAAGCCAAUCUUCUUUUAUGAUGGAAUUCAUCGUUAACAUUGGAGCAACCCAAAGACUCGAUUUAACCUUCACCCCCAAUCCGAAAUCAUCUGCUUUUGUAAACGGAAUUGAAAUUGUUUCCAUCCCUGAAAAACUCUACCUUUCGGAAGGAGGAGUUUAUAUCAAAUAUUUGGAUACCUUAUUUGAUCUCAACAGCAACACAGCUUUGGAAAAUCUUUAUAGGCUGAAUGUGGGCGGCGCCAGUGUUGCCAUAGAAAAAGAUAGUGGCAUGUUUCGGGGCUGGAGUCCUGAUGAUGACUACAUAUUCUAUGGCGAUUAUGGGUUCCCGCGGAAUAAAGAGGAACUUGUGAUCAACUACACCAAUGGUAAUGCUGCUCCCUAUACUGCGUCGCCUCUAGUAUAUAAAUCUGCUAGAACAAUGACAAACAUCAGCUCAAGUUUAGAGUGGGGAUUUCCAGUUGAUUCUGGAUUCUUCUAUCUGCUCCGCUUCCACUUUUGUGAUAUUGUGUUCAAAAAGGAAAAUGACUUAACUUUCACAAUAAAAAUCAAUAAUCAGACGGCAGAUAUUGAUGUUGAUGUCAUCUUCUCUGCCGGCGGCCCUGAUAUUCCCAUCUUCAGAGACUACAUAACAUGGAUUCCUGAUGAUGGAAAUCUUGGAAAGCAAGAUCUGCGGCUAUCUUUGUUGCCUUACCUUGAGCCACGCCCAAAGUAUAUUAGUGCAAUGCUAAAUGGGUUAGAAAUUUUCAAGCUCAAUAAUACGAAAGGAAGUUUUGCAGCAUCCAACCCUGAGCUCAAGAUCGAUUCGCCGCCGGCGUCCGUAGCGGGGAACAAACCGCCGAAGAAAAAUGCCGGUGCUGUGAUAUACACUGUUGUGGGGAGUGUUAUCGGCGUAGUUGCGGUGGUUGCAGCUGUGAUUUUCUUGAUUCUUCGGCGGCAGCGGAAAGUGAAGGACACGGGCACAAGCGUCACCAAGUCAUCGUGGGUUCCACUCUCGACGCAUUCAAAGUCCACUGCAAGAACUAGCAGAUCAGGAGUCUCCCUGCCUUCUGACAUAUGCAGAUACUUCUCCAUCGACGAGAUCAAGACAGCCACCCGCAACUUCGACGACAACUUCGUCAUCGGCAGGGGAGGCUUCGGCAACGUUUACAAAGGCCUCAUCGACAACGCCGCCACCACCGUCGCAAUCAAAAGGCUCAACUCCACCUCCAACCAAGGCGCCCGCGAGUUCCUCACCGAGAUCGACAUGCUCUCCAAGCUUCGCCACCUCCACUUGGUGUCCCUCAUCGGCUACUGCGACGACGAAGGCGAGAUGAUCCUGGUGUAUGACUACAUGGCCCACGGCACCCUCCGCGACCACAUCAACAACUCCGACAAAUCCCCCUUGAUGUGGAAGCAGCGCCUCCAAAUCUGUCUCGGCGCCGCCAGGGGGCUGGACUACCUCCACACCGGGGCCAAGCACGCCAUCAUCCACCGUGACGUCAAGUCCACCAACAUCCUCCUGGAUGAGAAAUGGGUGGCCAAGGUGUCCGACUUCGGCCUCUCCAAAGUGGGCCCAGCCGCAGGCACCAAAACACACGUCAGCACAGUCGUCAAAGGCAGCUUCGGUUAUGUUGACCCAGAGUACUACCGUAGGCAGCAGCUAACGCUAAAAUCCGACGUGUACUCGUUCGGGGUGGUGCUGUUCGAAAUGUUAUGCGCAAGGCCACCGAUAAUGCCAACCUUGCCAAGGGAGCAAGUGAAUUUAGCAGAGUGGGCCAAAUUUUGCUACAGGAAAGGGACACUUGAUCAGAUCAUCGACUCCAAUCUCAAGGGGCAGAUUGCGCCUGAAUGCUUAAGCAAUUUUGCAGAAAUAGGUGUAGCAUGCCUCAGAGACAAGGGGAUUGAUCGGCCAUCGAUGAACGACAUUGUUUGGAAACUGGAAUUUGCAAUGCAGCUCCAAGUGUCGUCAGAGGGCAGAGGCGGUGCUGCAUCGCUUGGUGAAGGCAAGGACGAUGGGUUCACGGCCCUGAACCCCUCGCUGCCAUUGCUUGGUAUUGGUGCGUCUACCACGACGGACGGGGAAACGUUUUCGAGAUCGAGGAGCAGCGAAUUCUCGACCAGCAGCAGUGAAAAACUCAAGUCUGGAGAUGCUUUCUCGGAGAUCAUGAACCCCUCAGGCCGUUGAGGUCGUAAUUUUCUGUUUUUACCGUUGUAUUUUUAUUUUACUUUAAUCUUGUUUACUGUGUUAGGAUAAAUGGAGUGUAUUGUGAUAAUGUAGUUACCUAUCAUGUGGCCUACAUAAAGAUGUUUCCGUCAAUUCAUUGCCCCUCAUGAAAGGCAAUAUAAUAUAGUAAAUGCUAGUAUUGAAUUUUCUUGCAA